AUGUGUCCUCAAUGUCCAAUAGUUGUAGAAGGACGUAGGUUCAAAGUACAUCUUAUAUCUUUACCUCUACAAGGUUUAGAUGUAAUCUUAGGAAUGGUUUGGUUAUCUGCCAAUCAUAUCCUUAUAGAUUGUAACAAGAAAGAGUUGAUUUUCCCUGAUCCUGAAGAAGCGGAGUUGUUGUCAUUACAACAAGUGUUAAAAGAAGUAAAAGAAGGAUCUUCGUGUUUCAUUAUCUUGACUCAUGUGGAAGUUGAGAAAAAUGAACAAAAUCUUGAUAUUCCCAUAGUUAAUGAGUUUAGUGAUGUGUUCCCAGAAGAAGUACCAGGAUUGACACCUCAACGAGAAGUAGAAUUCUCCAUCGAUUUAAUACCUAGAGCUGGACCAGUAUCGAUAGCUCCAUAA